CUCCUAAACUUUCUUGCUAAAGAAGAAACCUAAAUCCUAAAAGAAUAGACAGAGGAAGGAGGAAGAAAAAAAAAAGAUCAUUUAGCAUUGUAACAUUGUAUUUCUCUUCCUGGUUGAGAACUUACUUCCUCUCCCCUUAAUUGCAACAAUGGGUAAUUGUUGCGCUCAUGGACGAGACGAACCCACGCAGGAAAAAGGACUCGGAGAUGGUGCAGAAGCCUCUGUGAAAGCAUCAAAACACUCACCAGCAUCUCCUCCUCCCGCAACCAAACAAGGCCCCAUAGGACCCGUCUUAGGCCGACCAAUGGAAGAUGUAAAAAGCUCAUAUUCGUUAGGGAAAGAGCUUGGUCGUGGACAGUUCGGUGUAACCUAUCUCUGCACGCAAAAAGCAACAGGACUACAAUUCGCAUGCAAGACCAUUGCCAAAAGGAAGCUGGUGAACAAGGAAGACAUCGAGGACGUAAGAAGAGAGGUGCAGAUAAUGCAUCACUUGACGGGUCAACCAAACAUCGUGGAGCUCAAAGGAGCCUACGAGGAUAAGCACAACGUGCAUUUGGUUAUGGAGCUUUGUGCUGGAGGAGAGUUGUUUGAUAGGAUUAUAGCCAAAGGGCAUUACUCUGAGAGAGCCGCGGCUUCGUUGCUAAGGACCAUUGUGCAGAUCAUCCAUACUUGUCAUUCAAUGGGGGUUAUCCACAGAGACUUGAAGCCUGAGAACUUCUUGUUGCUUAACAAAGAAGAGAACUCUCCUCUCAAGGCAACGGACUUUGGGCUUUCCGUGUUCUACAAGCCAGGAGAGGAGUUUAAAGAUAUUGUUGGAAGUGCUUAUUACAUUGCACCUGAGGUUUUGAAGAGGAAGUAUGGACCAGAGGCUGAUAUUUGGAGCAUUGGUGUCAUGUUGUAUAUCCUCCUUUGUGGUGUUCCACCUUUCUGGGCUGAGUCGGAGAAUGGGAUCUUCAAUGCAAUUCUAAGUGGACAGAUUGAUUUUGCAAGUGAUCCAUGGCCAGCUAUUUCACACCAGGCUAAGGAUCUUGUUAGGAAGAUGCUUAACUCUGAUCCUAAACAAAGAUUAACCGCUGCUCAAGUUCUCAACCAUCCAUGGAUUAAGGAGGAUGGAGAAGCUCCAGAUGUUCCUCUUGACAAUGCUGUGAUGUCAAGGCUCAAGCAAUUCAAAGCAAUGAACAACUUUAAGAAAGUUGCUUUAAGGGUGAUAGCUGGGUGCUUAUCAGAAGAAGAAAUCAUGGGCUUGAAGGAGAUGUUCAAAGGUAUGGACACUGAUGACAGCGGAACAAUAACUCUUGAGGAACUAAGACAAGGACUUGCCAAGCAAGGUACAAGGUUAUCUGAAUACGAAGUCCAACAGUUAAUGGAAGCUGCUGAUGCUGACGGCAACGGAACAAUAGACUAUGGAGAGUUCAUAGCGGCAACAAUGCACAUUAACAGACUUGACAGAGAAGAGCAUCUCUUCUCAGCCUUCCAACACUUUGACAAAGACAAUAGUGGAUAUAUCACAAUGGAAGAGCUGGAGCAAGCCCUGAGGGAGUUUGGCAUGAGUGAUGGCAGAGACAUUAAGGAAAUCAUUUCUGAAGUUGAUGGAGACAAUGAUGGGAGGAUAAACUAUGAGGAGUUUGUGGCAAUGAUGAGAAAGGGGAACCCUGAUCCUAACCCUAAGAAGCGGCGUGAACUGUCUUUUGAUACAACUUGAAGCAGAGGCACAUAAAAGAGAAUCAAGAAGAAGAAGAAAAGUUGUUAUUGUAAAGUAGGCUUGGGUUGCUCAUGAUUCAACUGGAGAAGAGAGAGAUGUA